GCCGCGGCUCCGAUCGAUCUCUCGGAAGUGGAAAGGGACUAUCUUUUUUAGUUUGCAUCAUCACUAUCAUCCAUCACUCCCGCCGCCGCCCAUCGCCUCCACCUCCUCCACUUCCUUCCUCCCAUCUCCGCCCUUCUCAUAACUCGUAUCCUUCCUCCAGCCCUUCACCCUGAAACAUGCGCACAACAAUCCACGACUCUAUCGAUAUGUGUCUUGUUACCUCGAGGUAACUCCAUCUCAGUAUCCGCUUCCGUCUUUGCCUCCGCCUUGGGGCCUCCGCACCGAGACGGUGCGACUAAUAUGAACGACGAACCUGAAGAAGUCGUCAUGGAUGGCAAUGUGUCCCUCACCCAGAAGAUGCUGUCCGCAAGCACAGGCAGCAUCUUAACUUCUUUACUAGUAACACCUCUUGAUGUCGUCCGAGUACGUCUUCAAUCACAAUCGCAUACGCCAGCCCCCGCCAUAACGCCUCGCUCGUUUCCUGGACUCUCCCUUACCCAAUUCCGCGAUUUGCCUCCGAACAUCGGAAUAUCGGCCUGCUGUCGCGAGGUCUUUUGGAUGAACAACUCUGCACCUUACUGUGUCGCCGGGCCAGCAAUUACGCCCAUCAAUCCUGCCGAUGCUGCAUGUGCUGUGGAAGAGGUGGAGCGAAGGACCAUAAACAGCACGUGGGAUGGACUACGCAAGAUCGCACAGCACGAAGGCCCAACCACAUUAUGGCGAGGCCUCUCGCCCACCCUUGUCAUGGCAGUUCCCGCCAAUGUCAUCUAUUUCGCUGGGUAUGACUGGUUGCGAACGGCACAAUCAUCUCCUCUACGAAAGACCGUCUCAGAUGCAUACAUACCGUUGGUGGGAGGAGCCACAGCGCGAACAUUAGCAGCCAUCGCCGUGAGCCCGAUAGAGAUGUUCAGAACAAGAAUGCAGGCUACCAAUCAGAGCGCAACCGCCGCGGGACACUUCCGAGAUACCAUGGAUGGACUUCGGGAGCUGGUCCGGUCCGAGGGAAUGUUCAGUCUUUGGAGGGGCCUGACCUUGACAUUAUGGAGAGACGUUCCCUUCUCUGCCAUCUACUGGUGGGGCUAUGAGAGUGGCCGGAACAUCAUUACAGAUAUGCGAGGCAGAGCAGAGGCCAGGCAGGAUGGUGGCGAAUUCCGCGUUGGACGCGGAGAAGAGAAGAGGCGCCGUCGGAGCGAAUCUAGGAGUCGAGAGAAUCAUACCGAAACUCUGAUUGACAGUUUCGUUGCCGGUGCAGGAUCCGGAGGUGUGGCCGCAUUUGUGACAACGCCCUUCGACGUAGGAAAGACCCGCCAGCAGAUAGCUCAACACGCAAGCGAUUCCGCAAAAAGCCAAGUCAGCUCUGGUACCAUUCGCCCUGAGAAUCUAUCGAUGCCACGGUUUUUGUGGCACAUCUUCGAAGAACAAGGAUUGUCGGGACUGUUCCGAGGUUGGGCAGCCAGAUGUCUGAAAGUGGCACCUGCUUGCGCCAUUAUGAUCAGUAGCUACGAAGUUGGAAAGAGAAUGGCGACGAACAUGAACGAACGACGCGAACAUCGAAAAGAUUCCUAAAAAAAAUACGACUAUCAACCAGUCAACCAUACCCGUCCCGAAUACCUUACAUGUUUAGCGCUUCACUUCUACUCACUACUCUGGAUUUCUUAGUCACGGAGCAUUUCGGAAGCAUCUUCACUUUAGCAUAGAUUGGGCGUUAUUGGAAACCCAAAAAAAAACAGCGGCUGCAUGUUUUGGAUCCAGACGCGCUGUAAUGAUACCAGCGCGGAGUGCUGAU